UGAUUAAGUACCGAACUUUGCACAUGUUUUCAUGUAAAUAUGAUUAGGUUACAGGUUUCUCCUCCUCUUCUCAUCCGUUUGUCCUCCAUCGGUGUCUGAAUGGCAUCAGAGAGAUUCUCCUGCUUUCAGCUUCAGACACCGGUGGUGGACAUACGGAUGAGAAGAGGAGAAACAUAUCACCUAAUCAUAUUUAACAGGAAAACAUGUCUGCAUUUCGGUACUUAAUCACAUUUAACCCGAAAACAACAGCAAAAACAGUAAACGUCCAACAGUCAAGUGGCCACAGAGUGAAACGUAAGUCGCGCGCGUUCACGUGACGGGGUAGUCAGAUUUACCCGGGGAGUCGGAAAAUACUACAACACCACACCGGCGGGCCGCGGAGGGGCGUAACUACUGUGAGGACGGAGAAGAAGCCCAGAGGAUGAUGGAGACCGAGCAGGUGCUGAACACUGAGCGGGUGCGAGCCCUGGAAGCCUGGCUGGAAACGACCAACACGAAGGUGGUUCAAGUGAACGGCCAGAGGAAGUAUGGAGGUCCUCCUGAAGUGUGGGACGGCCCCGCUCCAGGAACCCGCUGUGAGGUCUACAUCAGCGAGAUCCCUCGGGACGCCUACGAGGACCUGCUCAUCCCCCUGUUCAGCUCUGUGGGGCCGCUCUGGGAGUUCCGGCUGAUGAUGAACUUCAGCGGUCAGAACCGCGGCUUCGCCUACGCCAAAUACGGGACGUCAGCCGUAGCUACCGACGCCAUCCGCCUGCUGAACGGCCACAUGCUGGAGCCCGGCUUCCGCCUCAGCGUACGCCGAAGCAUCGAAAAGAGACAGCUUUGUAUUGGAGAUCUGCCGGAUGCCACCAGGCAACAAGACCUCUUGCAGGUGCUGCGUGUAUUUGCAGAGGGGGUGGAGAAAGUGUCCCUGAAGACCGGACCUGGAAUAAACGGGGUGUCCGCCAUCGUCACCUUCUCCUCCCACCACUCUGCCUCCAUGGCCAAGAAGGUGGUGGUGGAAGCUUUUAAGAAGCACUUUGCUUUGACCGUCUCAAUCAAGUGGCAGUCCACAGAGAAGCACAACCCCAACGAGCCACAACCUCUUCAGAAACCUCCAAAGAGCCUCCCGCUGCCCCUGAAGCCUCCACGCUACGCCUGUCGGCACCCAAGCCUGCCUCCUCGCCUGGCGGUCCCCCCUUCCAUCUCCCCGGGUUUCUGCAGAGCAGUGGGAGGACCCCCUGUCCCACAGCAGCUUCAGCCCUCCUUCUGCUACCAGGGCCAUCCGGUGUUUGCAGGAUCCCCGGUGGCCCAGCAGGUCCUCAGGAGGGUUUACAACCAGCAGCUCACCUCCUGAGCAGUGGUUCUGCUGCUGCUGCAGCACAUGUUAAGUAUGUUUGUGCUGUCAGCAAUGUUAUAUUUAAAAACAAACUAAUUUGAUGUUUUAUUUACAGUAGUUUCUGCAUGCUUUUACUGUAGUUCGCUGUGUUGGUUACUCAUUUUAAAUAAAUGAGAUUUGAACAGA